AUGGGUGCAGGUGGGCGAAUGUCGACUGUUCCUCCUUCCCUCGAUCGAGCCCCAUCCUCCAAACCGCCAUUUACGCUAGCCGAGAUUAAGAGAUCAAUCCCACCCCACUGCUUUCAAAGAUCGCUCAUUACCUCGUUCUCCUACGUUGUAUACGAUCUCCUCGUUGCCUCCUUCCUCUACUACGCCGCCACAUCCUACAUCCAUCUCCUCCCUGCCCUUUCAGCUGGCUUCGCCUGGCUUAUUUACGCCUACGUCCAGGGUUGCGUCCUGACCGGCUUUUGGGUCAUCGCUCACGAAUGCGGCCAUCACGCCUUCAGCGAUUACAAAUGGCUCGACGAUACAGUCGGCUUCAUCCUCCACUCGGCCCUCCUCGUCCCCUACUUCUCGUGGAAAUACAGCCACCGCAGGCACCAUUCCAACACCAACUCUAUCGAACGCGACGAGGUUUUCGUCCCCAAACGUAAGGAAGGCCUGGGAUCCCUAGCUAAAUACAUGACCAACAAUCCGAUUGGUCGGACCAUAAUCAUCGCGUUCAAGCUCACCUUGGGCUGGCCUUUGUAUUUAAUGCGCAACUUCUACGGCAGCCAUUUCGAACGUCUCGCCUACCACUUCGAUCCCUACACCCCGACGUCUGACUCCAAGCGGGAGCAGUUUCACAUAUUUCUAUCGGACAUGGGCAUUCUUUCAGUCGGAUUCCUUCUAUACCGUCUUGCCUUGGCCAGGGGAAUCCCUUGGGUUAUGUGCGUUUACGGCGGGCCUCUUCUCGUGGUGAAUGGAUAUCUGGUGCUGAUAACGUGGUUACAACACACUCACCCCUCGGUGCCUCAUUACGAGUUGGAGGAAUGGGAUUGGCUGAGGGGGGCUUUAUCGACUGUGGAUAGAGAUUACGGAAUUCUCAACAAGGUGUUUCAUAAUAUAACGGAUACUCACGUUGCUCAUCAUUUGUUCUCGACCAUGCCGCACUAUCAUGCGAUGGAAGCGACUAAGGCGAUAAAGCCUAUGUUGGGAGAAUACUAUCGGUUUGAUGGGACUUCGGUUAUGAGUUCGAUAUGGAGAGAAGCCAAGGAAUGUCUUUAUGUGGAGGCAGAUGAAAAUGAGGGCGCAAACAAAGGCGUCUUGUGGUUCAAGAACAAGAUUUAGGGUCAAGAUUGAUCAUGGCUGUUGUUGCUAUCUAAAUUGAAUAAAUGAUUUUGAUCGA